AAAAAAAAUUAUAAACAAUAAUAAUAAAUAAAUAAAUAAAUGGCUGCGGAACCCCAACGAACGAACCAGUCCCUGGUGAACGGGCAAAAUGAGGAUGGGUCCUCGUCAAGGGGCAUUGCCGAUAGAGAUACGGUCGGUGGAGAACAAAUCCAGGAACAUCAGAAGCCAGAAGGGCAACGAGCAAGACCACCCGCACACUUCAACUGGCCAAGACAGCAAAGGCCUCAGGAAUUCGGAAGAGGGUUCACUCCACCUCCGAACAGGCUUCCAUUGCAAGGGGGAAUAAGAAGAGCGUCCCCUUGGUCUGUCUUAAAAGCCAAAUUACCGGACCAGCCACAUUUCCGAUUUAGCCACGAACACCAGAUCCAGAGAAUGCAGAACCUUGAAGACAGGCCGAGGGUCCAAGAACCUAAUGGCGUUAUGCGUCCUCCGUCUGGGAUGGUGAGACCGCCACCCGGGCAGAUGUCUCGACCGCAGACUCAGGAAGGUUCCUUGACGCCCAGCCCUGGUGGUGCACCUCCACCUAGAUCACCUUUUCUCCAGAGGGCUGACUCCAGAACUGGAUUCCAGAAUGUCCCCGGGAUGCCCCGGCCAAUGUCAGCCGGUCGACCGCCCAGCGCUUCGCAGAUGGGUCGUUCUUUGGACGACGAUGACGAUGUCAUGACAGGUUCGGCUCAGAGCCGUCCAGGAAGUGCUCGGCCCAUGUCCAUGCCCGGACCAAUGGGUGUCAGGCCAGGUAGCGGCCCACCAAUGAGGCCACCCAACAGAACACCUCCCCAGUCACCCGCCGGACCUGGCAUGUACCCCAUGAGAAGCCCACAAUCCGGGCGUCAAUCUAGCCUUUCAAGUUUAUCAGAACAGGGCGAACAGAAAACAGAGGGGCUGCCAAUGUCCAGGCCUCCGUCGGUAAAUCCGAAUAUACCACGUCCUCAGUCCGCAGCCCUUAGACCAGAACCCACGGCCGCCCAGCCACCCCCACCUGAACCUUCUCCCCAACCUGUGAAACCCAAUCCCGACGUGGAAAGAAAACUUUCGGUCACUAUAAACGAACCAGAUAAUUUGCCUAAACGUCCUACUGACCUCGCUGGACCUCCAAGAGGAGAAAAAGAUGUUGCAAAUACAAACGGUGAAGUCAAAGAAGUGGCGAAUGACCAAACAAAAAAAGAACCAGUCGUCAACGGAAACCAGGAGUCACCGAAAAAGUCUCCCUCAAAAGCAGCAACACCAAAGAAAUUAGGCAAUGUACAAACCCCAGUGAAAUCUCCUAGUAAGAUAUCACCAAAAACUCCAGACACACCUGGCACAGCAGAGAAGAAAAACGAAAACACUGAAAAAACAUCCGACCCAAAUAACGACACACAAAAUAGAGUCCAUUUCGCUCAAGAGCAACCAAAAGACACAAAAAAACAGGAAGAACUAAAGAAAACUGAAUCUGAAGAACAAAGAGAACAAAGCAAACCAUCUCCAAAGCCAACACCGGCGAAUGAAAAAAUAUCAACUUCAAAACCGGAAAGCCCAAAACCGGCCACACCUACCCUAAAAUCAGCCACUCCAAUUUCAAAGCCGGCGACUCCAAAGCUAACACCGGCGAAUGAAAAAGUAUCAACUUCAAAAACUUCAAAACCAGAAAGUCCAAAACCGGCCACACCAAUCCUAAAACCAGCCACUCCAAAGCCAACACCGGUGAAUGAAAAAGUAUCAACUCAAACAACUUCAAAACUGGAAAGUCCAAAAUCGGCCACACCAAUCCUAAAACCAGCCACUCCAAUUUCAAAACCGGCGACACCAAAGCCUACAAUUAUCAAGCAAGAUUCGCUACAAAAUUCAUUGCCAGAAACUCCUUUAAUAAAAGUCCCUAUGAACAAAGUUCAAGUCGGUGCAGCUCCGUCGCCAAACCUCAAGUGUGUUAAAUCGAAAAUUGGAUCUCUCGAAAAUGCGAAACACAGGCCCGGCGGGGGCAACAUAAAAAUCGAAAAUAGGAAAUUAAACUUCAGCGCAACUCCAAAAAUUGAAGCAAAGAAUGAACAGUACACACCAGGUGGAGGCGAAAAAAAGAUUCAAAAUGUGAAACUUCAGUGGAAUGCUAAAUCGAAAAUUGGCUCUUUAGAAAAUGCCAGCCACAAGCCAGGAGGUGGCGACAAGAAGAUCGAGUCGGUAAAAUUAGACUUCAAAGAAAAAGCCAAACCCAAAGUCGGGUCAAAGGACAACAUAAAGCACACACCAGGUGGUGGAAUAGUUAAGAGUUCAGAGGGAUCGCAGGAUGGAAACCCGAACAAUAUCGAGGAUCAAAAACUGGAGAUAAAAGCGACCAGCAAAAUCGGAUCAUUGGAUAACGUCAAAUACAAGCCUGGAGGCGGUGAGAUAAAAAUCUUCGACGAUAAGGAAUAUUUGAAACAAAUGGCUGGCCCAAGCAGUGACGUCCAUGCUGUUGCGCAUCAGGGGAAAAAGUCACGGAGUAGUUCAUCUUCAUCAAGACAAAAAUUGUCCGAUUCGAGAUCAGGAACAAGUGAAAAUUUAUCUGAAAAUAAACAAGAAUCGCCGGAAAAAAUUUCAAAACCAAUCGGAAAGCCUAUAGACCAAAAUUCAAAUCAGUUGCAAGAGAAAGCCCAAGAAAAGAAAACCGAAGUUAAAAAAGACACACUGUCAAAACCCAGCCAACCGCUGGCUCAAGGUAAUUUAGAAAGCCAAAAAGACGCUAACGCAAAUGGAAAAGUGAUAGACGAUAAGCAAAAAGAGACAUCCCCAGGAAUGGCACCAGUGAUACCUAAUGAAAAGAAAGAAAACAAACCGGCUGAGAAAGUGAUUAUCAAUCAGGAAAACAAACCUAACCAAACUCAAAUUUUCCCAGAGAAGCCUGCUGAAACUGUACAACAGGCUCAGAUAAAUUCCAAAAACGUACCGCCCUUAAUAUCCCAACCACAGAUAAAUAGUGCAAUUAAUAACGGCAUAAAAGGGCCAAACUCACCUCUCCCCAACCAAAGUAAUGGAGUUACAAAGCCCUCAGUGCCCAAUUUACCCACGGACAAGAACGAUUAUCCAUCCGUUGUUGAAAAGUCUUUGAUCGAGAAGACGGAAAAAGAGCUGCAAAACCCAGUCGAACUGCACAAGAACAAAGAAGGGAUCAAGUAAUAAACGGCUAAGGCUGAUAUGCCAGAUGUAAUUUUUAUUAAAAAGUACGGGCAAAUUCUAGUGUACCAGAACAACCAAAAAAAUGUAAUUAAAAUGUCCUCAAGAAAUGGUUCACUACCAGUGGUGUUUUCUAUUAUUGGAAACUUAAAUACAUUUGUUUAACAAAUGUCAUUAAAAUAAUAGAUUUUUCACACUACAUUACAUAGAAAUAAAAACCGAACACUGGUGACUUACUCAAAAAGAAACCAAAUAAAUUCCUGGACAGCAUUGUUAUUUUGCACUUAGCUAUGUCUUACAAUUAGUUAUAGUUAUUUUAAACAAAAAACGUCUUUUUGUUUUCUUUUUCUAGCACAAUAUAUUUUUGUAAAUCAAUUAAUUUAAAUGAUCAUUGUAUACAUUUUUUGGUUUGUCUUCCUAUUAUUUGUUUGUUGGUUCAAUGUCAGGAUGUAUAUAUAAUGUAUCCAAAGUGGGGUAAGAAAGAGAAAUCUCAAUUCCUACAAAAUUGUAAAAAAAUAUAAGCUAUAUAAUUUUUAAAGGAGUUCAAUUAGUGGUGAGAAAUGAGGUUAGCUUUGAUCUGUUCUCGUACGGGGAACAGAUUUUUAAGCUUUGUCAUCCGAGCAACCUCAGAUGAGACAUUGCCAACAAAAAUCUGUUUCUACUUUUGGUAUCUUUCUUAAAAUACCGUAUAUUAUACACUAAAAAAAAAAUUAAAUUCAAAUAGUGGAUUUAAAAAAAAAAAAUUAUAGUUUAGUUUUACAAAAUGUGGUAAUAGACAAUGCAAAUAUUUGUUUUGAC